CAUGACUCUUUAGAAAUAAAGACAAAAAACGGUAAUGCUCCAAUCGCAUUAGCUGUGGAAGCCAAUAACCUGGAACUGGUUAAAUACAUGGUGGAAACAAGUCCAACACAGCUUUGAAUUCAGAACGAACAUGGAAACACCCCACUAAUUACAUCUGCCAUCAACGGACAACAGGAAAUGUUUAAUUACCUUUAUUCAGUGACUAUCAUAAAUAGGCAAAGCCUUAACAUUGGCGAUACAGUUAUUUCUAAUAAUGUUACUGAUGCACUUAGGGUUGACUUAUACGAUGUGGCCUUGGAUCUACUAAAGAUAUUUCCGACAUCAGCCACUAUUCGAGAUGCUUAUGAAGCAAAUGUUUUCAGUGUAUUGGCAGGAAAGCCUUUUGACUUACCUAGUGGAAAUCGAUUUGGAUUAUGGAGAAGUUGCAUGUAUCUAUGGGUUGGUAGUGGACGACAAGGAUCAGUUGCGAAGCUCUCACUGUGCUGUGCUAGGUAUGUAUGUGGAUCGGACGGUUCCGAACACCAGAUUAAUCACCAAAAUAUUUACUAG